GGGUGAUGUAACAGGAAGCUCUGAUGUUUCGCUGCUGCCGCCGCUCCUCGCUUACAAUCUGACACGCUCCCGGCGCUGCCCGCAGCCGCGCUCCUCCGCGCAGCGCAGCGGGGCACCGGCGCUUCUCCCCCUGCAGCCACCGGGCUCGGCAACUGGAUUAUACCCGGCGGGAGGAUCAGGCUCUCGUAGGUCUCUUAUUCGGCCGGGGUGGGAGGGAACGAUACAUCUCCUUUCUCCCUCGCGGGAAAGGGAAAUCAAAGUGAUUUAUCUGAAACCAUUAUCGUAAAAAACUCCCUGUGUUUGAGCUCAUUCAACUACAAUAUAAAAUUCACUGCACCAGAUAUAAAGAUGACAGAAAAUUGGAUCACAUUUUUGCUGUUCUUCUUAUCGGUUACUAUGUUUUUUGCCACUGCUAUACCAUCCGAAGGGCAUCAGAAUACGACGGAGGACUUCACUCAACUGAGUGUUACACGGAAUAAAAUUAUGACAGCACAGUAUGAAUGUUACCAGAAAAUUAUGCAAGAUCCUAUUCAUAGGAAAGAAGGUCCUUACUGUAACAGGACAUGGGAUGGCUGGUUGUGCUGGAGUGAUGUUGCUGCUGGAACUGUGUCAGUACAGCGCUGUCCUGACUACUUUCAGGAUUUCAACCCUUCAGAAAAAGUUACGAAGAUCUGUGAUCCAAGUGGGAAUUGGUUUAGACACCCAGAAAGCAACAGGACAUGGACAAACUAUACCCAGUGUAAUAUCUAUACACAUGAAAAAGUGAAGACUGCUCUGAACUUGUAUUACUUGGCCAUCAUCGGACAUGGCCUUUCAAUUGCAUCACUUCUGAUUUCUCUUGGCAUAUUCUUUUAUUUUAAGAGCUUGAGUUGCCAAAGGAUUACCCUGCAUAAAAAUCUAUUUUUCUCUUUUGUUUGCAACUCUGUUGUAACAAUAAUUUCACUGACUGCAGUUGCCAACAAUCAGGAGUUAGUUGCAACUAAUCCAGUUAGUUGCAAAGUGUCACAGUUCAUCUACCUGUAUCUAAUGGGUUGCAACUACUUUUGGAUGCUGUGUGAAGGCAUUUACCUACAUACUCUCAUUGUGGUGGCUGUUUUUGCUGAGAAACAACACUUGAUGUGGUAUUACCUUCUUGGCUGGGGUUUUCCGCUGAUCCCUGCUUGCAUACAUGCCGUUGCUAGAAGUUUAUAUUAUAAUGAUAAUUGUUGGAUCAGCUCUGAUACUCAUCUGCUGUACAUCAUCCAUGGCCCUAUUUGUGCUGCUUUGUUGGUGAAUCUUUUCUUCCUGCUAAAUAUCGUUCGUGUUCUCAUAACCAAGCUAAAAGACACCCACAAGGCAGAAUCCAACCUGUACAUGAAAGCAGUGAGAGCUACCCUGAUUCUCGUUCCACUGCUUGGCAUUGAAUUUGUCCUGUUCCCAUGGCGACCAGAAGGCCGGAUUGCUGAGGAGGUGUAUGACUAUGUGAUGCACAUCCUUAUGCACUACCAGGGUCUACUGGUGGCUACAAUUUUCUGCUUCUUUAAUGGAGAGGUCCAAGCUGUUUUAAGAAGACACUGGAAUCAAUACAAAAUCCAAUUUGAGCACAGCUUCAGCCACUCAGAUGCUACACGCACUGCUUCCUACACCGUGUCAUCGAUCAGUGAUGUUCAAGGCUAUAGCUACAAUCACGACUGCACCAGUGAACAUUUAAAUGGGAAGGGCUACCACGACAUGGAGAGUGUUGUUUUAAAAACUGAAAAGCUGUACGGUUGACUGCCAAAGGCUCAGCAUAUGCCAGGGUGGUUACCCUUGUGGACUCCAAGUCUGAUGGAAUGACUUCACGGCCAGAAUAUUUUACCUAACUUGGGAUAUGUUAUUUUCCUGAAUGAUGCAAACUAAGACAACACAUUUUUCGUACGUAUGUAUAUAUAUGCAUAUAUACAUAUGUUUGUGUUUCUGUGUAUCUAUAUAGUAUGGACAUCUGUACAUAUAUAUAGCUAUAUAUGUAUGUGCAUUUAUAUAAGGAUACAAACUUUGCCUUUUCAGUUUCUACUGUGUAGACAAAGUUGGCAAUUUUUUGUACAAAGGGAAUCAAUGAAGGAUUUCUUAUUUUGUUGGAAGCUUGUAUAAGACUGUGUUGUGUUGAAGCCACUUCAUUUGCCUAUAGAAUCUUAGAUUGUAAAUACCAUACUGUAUUGUCUUAAUUCAACCUAAAACCAAACAGAGGAAAACUGUUAAAGCAGGUGCAAUAACAGCAAUGCAUUGCCCCCGCUAAUUUUGUGUCCAACAUUUAACUGCCAGAAAAGCCCAUCGGGUAAGUCUGAGGUAACAGAUUUAAAGAUAUUGAUGGUUUGGUUUGGCCAGUUUGUUUUUUCCACUAUUUUAAGUCAAGCAUAGAGACACCAGUGCAAGCUUGAGACUCUACUUACUUCUCUACUGCAAUGUAAUAUUUUACAACAAGCUUUGAACAAUGUUAUUUAAACUAUUUUUGCAUAUGCAAGAGUGUCUCCUCCUCCUCAAAGUUUCUUAUUGGCUUUAACACAGACGAGAUCAAUGAGACCUUACUGCCAGAAAGAAAAGCAGGAACUUGUACAACUGUAACCCCUUCCAGACACUAAUACGCAAUUGAAGCUGAUGGAACUUCACUGUGUGCUUAAGGAAUUUACCCCACUGGAAAAGAUCAUGUACAUUAUUUUCUUGUAGUCAUGUUGUUUUAUUUUUAAGUAUUUCCCUGGCCAUAUGCUUGAUAAUUUAUUCCUUCAUUCUUGGGGCACAGUCUUGAUUAAUUUUGUGGCUUUUUCUUGUCCAAGGGAAGCAGGCAAGACUGAACACAGUGCAAAUGACACACUACCUUUAAAGCUAGGGUAUGAGAUUCAGACUAAUCAAGCAAGCUAAUGUUAGUCAUUAUCACUAUUUGGAAAAUCCAAUAUAAAGUCUGUCUUAUUCUCAAUCCAUAAUGCUUAGAACCUUUUAAAAUAUUUUUUUGGAGUGCUUGAUUCUGAAUGUCUCUCUCAGUUACUUAGAACAGUAUUUUAUAAGUUGUUUCUUUGGUUCUACUGGUGAACAUGAAAAUGAGGACAUUGUCUUGGAAGGUCUUGGGAAAAUGUCUUUACAGCAAUCUGGUUUUGUAAAUCUUUAUUCUUUAAAGAAAUAGUAUUUUUCUUAAUUCAAAUGACAAAAAUGCUCAAGAAUGAGGACAAGUCUGAGGUGAGUUUAGAAAAGUCUUGCUGAAAAUCACAAAAUAGAAAGAUGUUUUAUUGGUUUAUUUUGCAAAGUCGUCUACUUCAGCUGGGGAAAAUCCACAAUGAAGUAGAAGAAAAGUAGAUGCUGGAGUUGACAGGCUACUACGCUAAUGUAUAUCUGGGGCUUGUAAGCCAGUCAAAAAAAAAAAGUUCUUUCUGAGACCACUUCAGUUUUAAAUACUUAAUUUUGUAUAUGAACAACUUGAUUUUCAUAUUUAAACAUUUUUGUCUGUAGCCUUUCUAUAAGCUUCAUUAGCAUCUAGUUAACUUGCUGUCACAGCGUUUAUUAGUUUGUGACUUCAUAAGACUUUAAAUGCUUUGUGUUUAGGAGAAAAACAAUAGGAGGAUGUGGUAAGUUCACGCCAUUUGCACCUUUCCAUGGUUUUUUUUACAGUUCCUAUGUCUGGAGUUUGAAUUUAGAAAGUGUUUUAUUAAUGAUUCAGUUUCAUGAGAUGGAAACUUAGCUAGGAUGCACAAAUCAAGAUUUCCGUUCUUCUGCAAGGCUGUCUGGUUGGUUGAUGGGAAUGAUUUGGAAAUCAGUCGGAUUCUGUACUUUGGAAUAGUGUGAUAUCUGGCAAUCAGAUGUCACAAUCUCUUAAAUUGUUAGAAUACAGUAACGGUAUCUGCUACAACAUGAUUAGAGGUUACUUACAACUCUGCUUGCUGAUCUAUGUAGUGUUACUUAAAAUCUGUGUGAUGUUCUGAAAAUAUUAGCAGUUCAGAAAAAUCCCUGCUCUGGUAUAGCAGCUUUACACUUGGGGGACCAGAUUAUCGACUGCUUACAAUUUUGUCUUGAGUUCCAUUUAGAGAAUCAAUGGGUACCAGCUGAGAAUCAAAGCCCAGGCCGAUACCUGUCCAUUUAAAAAGUGCUUUGAAGUCCUUUAUGGCACGUAUCAGAUAGUUCUUUCAAUGGUACCUAGUGGGGUUUUGUAAUUGAAAGAUAUGUGACUGUUUAGAGUGUGAUAGAAUAUUAGAUUUUGAAUUAAGCUUCCUUCUCAGCUAGGCAGUUCAAAUUUAAUAGCCUAGAAAUUUUUAUCAUUUAAUGCAAAGUACUAGUUGCUAAUUUCUCCUCCUCUGAUAGAGGAACUUGUGAUGGUUAUUUAGGAGGGAAAAUUGUUUCUCUACAGAAAACAUUCUACUUCUAGGUGGACUAUUACAGCAUGCAUCUAGGCACAUGUCUGUCUUCACUUUGGAAAAGAAACACACAUCCAGCUGGAUGUGCAAGAAAAUGCUUGUGGCUGUGGAGGGUUACACGGCACAGGAGAACUACAUCUCCACCCCCCCACCCCCUGAGGUUAACUAGCCUAUUUCGUUUUGCCUUGGAAAAUAUAAAUUCCCUCUUUUGUCUUCCUACCUCACCUUUUUCAGUUCCUACACAACCAAGAGAAGGGUCUGCUUCUUAAAAUGUUUUUCUGCCACCAUAAAUUAAAAUUAAGUCCUUAUGCUGAUUUCUCAUGGCUUAUUUUCUACCUUACAGAAUGUUGUAGUCCUGAUCUGUAUUCUCUGGGAUGGAAGUAAACUCUGUUUUGGUGGGGUAGUGGGGCUGUGAAAUUUCUUUGAACAUGCAAACAGUUACGUGUUAUUAUUUCUUCUUUAUUUUUUUGUUAUUUAGUGAAGAUUUAUUGUAUCAAUCUACAGGGGCUACAGAAAUGCUUGUCUUGUAUUUGGUAUCUGUAAUAACAGCAUGUUAGUAUUCUAUGAGAGGGAAUGUCUAUUUUUAAUGCUACUGUCUUCAAUUAAUAAAACGCUCCAUUGCAGGGUCCCCUCAGUUUUUUAUUUGUUUGUUUAAUGUUAACUAGCAUUUAUGCAAUAUAUUUUUUCAUUGUGGUGAUCUACUAGAGUAUUUGGCUGUAGAAAUGUUGCAACACUUACUUCUUUUCAUGUCACGAAACAUUUGGGCUGGAAACCAGGCAACGUUUAAGUAUUGUACUAUGUAAAUAAGAUAAAUAGAAGCUAUAGCAUUGUAUUUAUUGCUUACACUAAGAAUGAAAUGGAAAAAAUGUGAAGUUAUUUUUUGGUUGUGCUUUAUUUUCACUUUGUUCAUAUGGAUCAUUACACAUUUUAAUUGCUGAAAGAAGUAUUAUGUUUAUGUUUGAGAUCAAUAAAAUAUUACUACAUUUA